AUGGCGCCCCGUGCCGCUCAUCGCACCCGCACAGCCGUGGCCCUCGCCGCGCUGCUGGCUGCGUCCGCACUCUGCGUGGCCGUCCAAGCCGCGAAGCCGGUCCGCCUUCAAGCUGCCCGGAAGCUGCUUCAGGUCUCCGACGGCUGGCAGGGCUUCGGCAUCGGCUCGCUCCCCACGUACAACGGCUUUGCCAAGCUGGGCGGCGGCGCCCAGCUGGAGGCCGGUCUUGCGCAGCAGGGCGCGGCGUCAACCUACAGCGAAGACUACAUCAACUCCAUCACCUCGCGCUACUCGGCGUUCGGCACCGGCGGCUGGGGCGGGGGGUUUGGGCGCUACGGCCGGUACUACGGCGGCUCAGGGCUGAGGAACGAGGAGGGCAGGGGCGGCGGCGGCGGCGGCGGCGGCCGCGGCAGCCACGGUGGGCGGGGCAGCAAGUAG